GGUCACAAAGUCUCUGGUCUCUCUCAGGAACCAAGGAGGCGGAUACGGAGGGGAGUAAGAAGAAGAAGAAGAAGAAGAAGAAGAAGAAGAAGAAGAAGAAGAAGAAGAAGAAGAAGAAGAAGAAGAAAAUAGACUGCUUCUCGAACAUGCACGUGUCAACAGUCAUUACAAAUCGGCAUGUACUGGUCUCCGACGAAGACAAAGAAGAAGAAGAAGAAGAAGAAGAAGAGGAAGGAGGAGGAGGGGGAGGAGGAGGAGAAGAAGAAGAAGAAGAGGAAGGAGGAGGAGGCGGCGGAGGAGGAGGAGAAAAAGAAGAAGGAGUCUCCCUUUCUCUCUUUCAGGUACCUGAUGAGUGAAAGGUACUGCCUUGCACUGCAGCAGGUCGGAGGAGGAGGAGGAGGAGGAGGAGGAGGAGGAGGAGAAGGAGCUCUCCUUUCUCCCUUUCUCUCUGAGAUACCUGAUGACUCCAACGGCUGGCCGUCGGUGAAUUGUUUUACAGAAAAUAGGUUUCGGUAUUUGUCGUCACCGCUGUCUUCUCCUAGAAGGUCACCUGCAGCUGCGUUGGGUGGCCUCCAGAGGGGAGGUGAAGGUGGCAGGGAUGGACAUGAGGGGACAAGUGGGGUAAGAAGGACAAGGGUGUCGAUGGCGGCGGCGGCGCCAUCGCCAGCCUGCUCUUCAAUGCCACGUCAGCAGCUGUCGUCCUCUUCGCAGAGAUGGGAGCCGUCCUCCACGUCAGCAGAUCGGCUCUGCCUUCCCUGCCACGUGGCAGCUAGAGCUGGGGGAGGAAGACGUAUGUGCUGUCCCCCUCCUUCUUCAGGGCCUAAUCAAGUUUUGACCGCCGGCAAAGAGCUAUUAGACGUAAGCAGCUCGCGCGCGGGCAAAGGAGCGUCCAGGAGGAUUUGCCACGUGGCAGUCUCUCUCACCUCCCUCGCAAAAAAGUCGGCCGUUCCUGGGGAUUGGAGGAGAGGUCAGCGAAGGAACUCUCCACGAAGUUCCCGAGUAGGAUCUCCGAUGCUAUCGCAGCAGACAGCACAGCGAGGGGCACCGUGCAGCUCCAACGGCUGGCCGUCGGUGAAUUGUUUUACAGAAAAUAGGUUUCGGUAUUUGUCGUCACCGCUGUCUUCUCCUAGAAGGUCACCUGCAGCUGCGUUGGGUGGCCUCCAGAGGGGAGGUGAAGGUGGCAGGGAUGGACAUGAGGGGACAAGUGGGGUAAGAAGGACAAGGUCGGUUGUUCAAGCCAAGCCUGAUGGAGGGGAGAGUACAUUGCACUUGCAGCCGCACAAGGUAAAUAAGCUCACGGGCAAGGAGCUGGACGCAUUGCUGUUAUCGGAGAGAGAUGUUCCCCUUGUUAUUGACUUCUACGCCACAUGGUGUGGCCCUUGUCUCCUUCUUGCACAGGAGCUCGACACGCUGGCAUUGGAGUACGGCGAAAGGGCCAUGUUUGUGAAAGUGGACACGGAUGAGGAACAUGAAUUGGCAAGCCAAUUAGAGAUCCGAGGUUUGCCGACCAUUGUGUUUGUCAGCCAAAAGAAGUCAAAAAAUGCGAUAAGGGCCGAGGGGUUGCUACCGACGUCAGAGAUCAGGAGAAUAAUUGACGAGGAGUUGUGAUUGGCAGUGCUCUUCCAGCUUCUGCAUUCGCUGCUGUCCCCGUCGGGUGUUUUACUUUUUUUUAAGUUUUUUGUUCAUAGAGAGAAAUAACUUCAGAUAAGUCAAAGCAGUCUAAUGCACGCUCCCUCUUUUCUCCUGGUCGGUCUCUCUCUCUCUCUCUCUCUCUCUCUCUCUCUCUCUCUCUCUCUCUCUCUCUCUCUCUCUCUCUCUCUCUCUCUCUCUCUCUCUCCAUUUCUUCAUCCCUUCCUCCCGACCUCGGUCCCUCUCCCUACCUCCCUCCAUUUUCCUGACUCCGUCUCCCUCCCUCCCUCCCUCCCUUGUCCUUGCUCCUUUUCCCUUCUGUAUAACGAGGAGUCGAAGGAGGUAGGGACUCUCCGGCCGGCCCAUCUGAGAUUUGUGCAUGCAGCAGUUCCUCGACGUCCAUGGGUUUUCCAGCAGGGAAUGUCUUCCACUUUGUAAUUAUAUUUCAACUAGGCUACGUGACUGGCCCGGGCAUGCAGCACAGCCGUGCACCCCGGGGAAGUCACCCAGGGGUCACCUGCACGGGGCACCCCGUGCAGGCAAAGAUCAGCCCUUUUUCAUUUUUCUCUGUUCUCUUUUUCUCUGCGUGGGGUUUUCCUGUGCAUGCCUGGACGAGCUCAAUUCCGGGAUCCCUUCCCUUUCCGAGUGCUGGCUGUCAAGGGGGGGGGCGGAGGGGAGGGGGGUAUAAAUUCGUUUUCAAUGGGCUAAAGGGGGGUCUAAAGGGGGGGGUGCCUUAGUCUGAUUCUGGUGUUUUCUUUUUUUAUCUUCAAAUCCCUGAGGAAUUCUGAUAUGGCACUCAGCCAAAGGCCACAUUUGUAUUGCAAUUCUAUUAUUCUACACAACUGGGCUACCAGCCGGGCCGCCCGGGUCCCGGGUGGCCAGCCCAUGCAAGGACCAGGGAAGGUCCCAGUACAAAAAAAAAGAAAAACUUAUGUUAUGCAGAAAAAUGAACUGAACAUCUUUUGCCUCAGGGUCACAUCAAAAUUCUUCACCAAAUUUAGAAUGAAAAAUAAAAUUUAAA